AUGCUGGAGGAUGUUGCAGGCAGCAGAACGUUCUCCACGGCGUCUCCAGAUUCUGUCACAUGUGCUCAGUGUGACCCUGCUUUCAUCUGUGAAGAGCACAGGGUGCCAGUGGCCAAUUUGCCAAUCUUGGUGUUCUCUGGCAAAUGCCAAACGUCCUGCACGAUGUUGGGCUGUAAGCACAAGCCCCACCUGUGGACGUGGGGCCCUCAUACCACCCUCAUGGAGUCUGUUUGUGACCGUUGGAGCAGACACAUGCACAUUUGUGGCCUGCUGGAGGUCAUUCUGCAGGGCUCUGGCAGUGCUCCUCCUGCUCCUCCUUCACAAAGGUACACCAUGAAGAUGAACAGUUACUACCACACACCAGAGAGAAAAGAAAUGGGUGUACUUGAAACAGUUGAUGCCAUUGUUGGUGAUGAUUCAAGAGAGUCUUGGGAAGUUCUGAAUUCAAAUGGAACCCACAGUGCAAGCUCAGAACUACUGGCUUCUCUGGAGACCCUCUCUGAAGGGUUGGAUGGGGAGAUUGUGUUUGAGACUCAACGGAUCCAUCUGAACAGAACGCCGUUUGACAACUCGUUUUGGGCAGAUCUGAACAACAGCAUUGUCAUAGACAUUCCAGACACCAACCUCAGCAAUGUCUUUAUCACCACCAUGAUCUUCUCCACCCUUAAUAAUGUCUUGCCAGCACGGAAAUCCAGUUUUGACACCAGCCUCUUCAAUGGCACCAUUAAUGGCACUGUCACCGAUAAUGCUAUUAACGCUGCAGUGGUGCUUGUCAAAAUAAAUGCAACAAUUCAGAAUGUUACUCUGAGCUAUGACAAGCUGAACACAUCCCUGUUUCGAAACCCACAGUGUGUCUUCUGGAACGUCACACUGUUUGAUAAUCUGGGUGGUUGGGAUGAUGAGGGUUGUACGUUUGUUUCCGACAUAAAUGGCACAGUAAAGUGCAACUGCAACCAUCUCACCUCUUUCUCAAUUCUGAUGGCAACAGACAUUACAUUCCGAAUUUUUCGGGCUGGAAUCAUUUAUGCUGGAGUUGGGGUAUCUCUGGCAAGCCUAGUCAUCUGUCUCAUUAUUGAAGGAUACGUUUGGAAAACCAUCACCAGAAAUAGCACUGCCUUCAUGCGCCACUUUUCCAUCAUUAACACUGCCCUUUCUCUGUUGAUUGCUGACAUCUGUUUCAUCAUUGCUGCCAAUAUUGCUGAGAACUCCCUUGAAAACCCAGGGGAGAAUUAUGAAGUUCCAAAGAGGCCAUGCAGCACAGCAACAUUUUUUAUGCACUUUUUCUACCUUGCUCUGUUCUUUUGGAUGCUUGUGUCAGGCCUUCUCCUCUUUUACCGGUCAGUCAUGGUCUUCUCCCAUAUGUCCAAAUCAACCAUGAUGGCUAUAGGCUUCACAUUAGGCUAUGGUGGCCCUCUGAUUAUUGCCAUUAUUACUGUUGCUGUCACAGCCCCGAGAAAUGGAUACACCACCAAAGACUUUGCUUGUUGGCUCAACUGGUUUGACACAAAGGCCCUGCUGGCAAUGGUGAUACCUGCCUUGACUAUAGUUUUCAUCAACAGUUUAAUUGUUAUUGUGGUUUUGUUCAAAAUGUUCAGAAGAGUUGACGGAGACACUGCCCAAACACAUCAAAAGCAGAAGCCUGUGGUCAUUUUUAGGUGUGUCGUACUUUUUUUAAGUCAUCCUUUAUUUGGACUGACCUGGUCUUUGGGACUGGCAACCAUGAUUUUGCCAAAUCUGGGAGUCCACAUUGCCUUUGCAUUCUUCAGUUCACUACAGGGUUUCUUCAUUUUAGUGUUUGGGACACUAGUCGAUUCAAAGGUCUGUUCUAUCCUCUCAAGAAAGUGA